AUGACAUUGACAUAUAUCUCUCUUUUCCUGCUCCUCAAGAUAAACGGAUUAAAGCAAGAAUUUUUUGUUGAUGAAAACGUGUUGCAAUUGCCACACCAAAUUAAACAGAAGAUAUCAGAUGAAAUACUAGCAACAUUGAAACGUGUCAAUGCUCGUGACAAUGCAACACUGCAACGAGAUAUUCAAAGAAGUAGGCGACAUUUGUGGAGGUUGGAUGGAGACCGAAGUAGCGACCAUCCUAAGAAAUCAUCUUAUAUGGGCUCAAUUAAAAGUGAAGGCUACAGUAGAGGAAAUCCCAAAUUCUCUCGAGACGCAGUUGAAAGUUGGCGCCGGAAAAAAUUAAAAGAAGCCAGGGAGCUUGUUAAUAGGAAGACAUCAAAUUCAACUAUUGCCCCCGAGGAAGCUGGUCUACUUGCACAAAUUUUGGAUGUUGACUGGGCUGAGCUGUCAGAAGAAAUAGGUCUUUGGAUACCUGUUGCAAUAAUUAAUAACGAACAUCAUGACAAACCUGAGGGUGAAGAAGAAUUUGACAAUGAAAUCAUAGCUGGCAGGCGACUUCCUCCUGAGUGUAACAUUGAACUUCAUACGGAUUACGGUGGAGAUGCAGUCAGAUGGGGCCUUACCCACCCUAAAGAAUCUGCAUUUGAGUGUUGCAUGGCCUGUUUGAAUCAAGCUAAGAACGCUGGACCCAAUGACAAGAAAUGCAACAUAUGGGUUUAUUGCCCAUUUGAGAAUGGAUGCUAUUCUCCAGAUAUUUAUCAACACAAAAAUCAAGAAUGCUGGCUGAAAUAUGCAGAGAAAGCUAAAUCAACUUUUAAGGACCAAUAUUCUGAGUCAUUCAGAAAUGCACACCCAAAUGCACCAGUUGUUGUUCCAUGGAUGUCUGGUGUUGUCAGUAUCAUGCCUCCUCGUAGAGCUUAUGAAAGGAAUGUGAUUAUAGGCAUCGCUAAUGCAACUCCUCCAGUCCUAGAUUAG